ACCGAAGAGAGUGGAUUCUGGGCAACGAGGGCUGCAAGCAGAAGGAACAAGUAUUACCGGUCCGGAUUUGCCGCCACAAGUUGACCAUCACACCCGCCUCUCAUAGCGCGCCCAUCGCGAACGACGGCGAGUGCACCUUUCCGACCCCCGCAACCGCCAGCCCAGGCGCGGAAAGUGACCGCAAGCAAUGGCUGCCGUCGUCCAGCGCAUGAUUGUGGAUGUGCACACGCACGUCUACCUCCCUCGCUAUGCCGCGCUCCUCCGGCAGCGCACGAACAUCCCGCGCAUCAUCAGCCACCAGGACCCGAAGGGCAAGACUGAGGAGCGCCUCGUUAUCCUUAGUGACGAGCCUGCGGAGGGGCGUCCGGUUGGGCCUCAGUACUGGGAUCGCGCGGAGAAGCUCGCAUUCAUGAACAAGCAUGACAUCGACAUUUCCGUGGUCAGCACUGCGAACCCCUGGCUUGACUUCCUUACCCCGUCCGAGGCUCAGGGGAUGGCCUCCGAGCUGAACGAAGAUCUCGAGGAGUACUGCAUGAGCUCCCCGAUCCUCCCAGAUACCACCUUCCGCCGAAUGUACGGCUUCGGUCUCGUUCCCCUCGUUCCCGGCGCGCAGGUUACGUCCGUGGUGAACGCGGUGCACCAGAUCCACGCGCUGCCCCACCUCCGGGGCGUAAUUCUGGGCACACAAGGCCUCGGCAAGGGCCUGGACGAUCCCGCUCUCGACCCCGUGUGGGAUGCGGUGGAGAAAGCCGGGCUUGUCGUGUUCAUCCACCCGCACUAUGGCGUUGGUGGCGAGCGAUGGGUGACACACGGCAAUGGCCAUGUCCUUCCCCUCGCGCUGGGCUUCCCAUUCGAGACAGCCACGGCUGCGACGCGCCUUAUCCUAUCUGGCGUGCUCGACCGCUUCCCCUUCCUCCGCCUUUUGCUUGCUCACUCCGGUGGGGCGCUACCUGCCCUCUCCUCCCGCCUCGCGUCCUGCAUAACCCACGACGAACAAGUCGCCAACCGCCUCAAGCACGACGCGCGCUACUACCUCGGUAGGCUCUACUACGACGCCGUCGCCUACGGCCCCGAGGAGCUUGGCUUCCUCAGCGAAGUCGUCGCGCGCGCGGGCCGCUACGAGUCCUCCACGGGCAGCACCGCGCCACCGGACCGCAAUAUCGGGACCCAGCGAAUACUCUUCGGCACGGACAACCCCUUCUUCCCGCCUGCGAACGGCAAUGGGGAGCGGUGGCGAAGUGUGACGGAGAACACGGAGGCGAUCGACGCGGUCCCAGGCUGGACGCCAGAGAGCAAGAAUGGCGUCUUCGGUGCUAACGCUAUCGCUCUCUUCAAUCUGGGUGGCUCGGGGCGCGGAUAGGUUGGGCAUGGGAUAGGGAACAUUGAGGACGAAGAUACUAGAUACGAUGUAAGCUAUUUUGUUGCCUCCCUACUGUGUAUCCUACCGAACAAUGUACUACUACUUUGAGAAUGCAUACACGGUUGCGGAAGGUCAAACCUCCCCUCAUCUUGGAUCCCUAGCGUCGACGUGCAGGCUCAAAUUUGUCAAUAAUGAUACACGAUUAUCGCAGUCCGUAAAGUACCUAUGCAUAGACAUUGGCUUUUAUCCAGCCAUAAAGGUUCUCGUUUCCUCGCUGUUUUCUCCUUGCUCUGAGGCAUGCGUCUCGGUCAUGUCGUACAUCCGUAUUGAUGGCUCAGUCGAGCCAUCGGUAUCGGUGCUUGGCCCUGUCAAGGCAAAAUUGUCGUCCAUAGUGUCCCCUCCUU